GUGACAUCCAUAGACAGAAAAACUGUUACUCCGUGAUUUAGACAUUGGAGAUCCUCCAUCUUGGCGUGGUUCUUUUAGGAAGAGACACAGCAUCGUGUGGAAUCAUGCCGUUUCAAAGAUUUGUGGAGACGGGACGAAUUGCCCUAGUCUCCGAUGGGCAACAUUCCGGCAAAUUGGUCAGCAUUGUGGACGUGAUCGAUCAAACAAGAGUUUUGGUUGAUGGACCAUGCACCAGUGUGCCAAGGCAAGCCCUUAGACUUAAUCAAUUACAUUUGACUAAGUUCAGAAUUAAGUUCCCAUUCACAGGAUCAACCCGUGUUGUUCGUAAGGCAUGGACUGAAUCCAAAGUUGAUGAACAAUGGGCUGAAUCUAUGUGGGCCAAGAAAAAUGAAGCCAAGGCAAAGAGAGCUCAGUUGUCCGAUUUCGAUAGAUUCAAGCUUAGGAGAGCCCGUUCUCUCAGAAAUAAGAUUAGGACUGCUGCUUUCCUCACAUUGAAAAAGACCGCAAGCAGGAAUGGUACUCUUUACGGUAAAAAGAAGAUGGCCAAGGGAGGAGAUAAACCUAUCCCAAAAAAAACUAAAACUGUAAAGAAAUAAAUUUGACUUUUAAUACCUUUAAAAAA